AUGUCCUCCUCCUGGACGCAAAAGACAUUUACCCUUCCGGCGAAAUCUCGAGGUUCAUAUCUCAUCACAGAUGAAGUGAUCAAAGCCGUGCCUGAGAUCAAGAACUACAAAGUCGGCAUCUUGCAUCUUUUCAUCCAACAUACGUCUUGCGCGCUCAGUUUGAAUGAGAAUUGUGAUCCCGAUGUGCGACAUGAUAUGAGCAACGCCCUCGACCGACUCGCGCCCGAAGACCCUCAAGGCAAACUCUACGAACAUGCGGAUGAGGGACUCGAUGAUAUGCCCGCACACAUUAAGUCCUCGCUCAUGGGAGCCAGUGUCAGUGUUCCGAUUACAGAGGGGAGAUUGGCGACGGGGACGUGGCAGGGGAUCUGGUAUUUGGAAUUUCGGGCGAGUAAAAUGGCGAGAAGGGUUGUUGCUACUGUGCAGGGGGAGGUUAGGAAGUAG